CUUCCUCCAGCCAAUGAGCAGGAGUCGUGAGCGGCCCUUAGCCCAGUUGAUGUUCCGCCGCCCAGAGAAGGAGCUGUGAACGGCUGUAGGGGUAGUGGCAGUGGUGGACGAGAGUGUGGCUUGGCUGGAUUGGACAUGGCGGCUACAACCGUCUCCACCCAGAGGGGCCCGGUUUUCAUUGGAGAAUUGCCACAGGACUUCCUUCGCAUUGUACCAACUCAGCAACAGCAGCAAGUACAACUUGAUGCACAGGCUGCUCAACAAUUACAAUUUGGAACAAGCAUGGCUACUGUGGGUCGAUUGAGCAUCACUGUGGUACAGGCAAAACUGGCAAAAAACUACGGGAUGACACGUAUGGAUCCUUACUGCAGAAUACGUCUUGGAUAUGCAGUAUAUGAGACACCUACAGCACAUAAUGGAGCAAAAAACCCAAGAUGGAACAAAGUCAUUCAGUGUACUGUGCCACCUGGCGUUGAUUCAUUUUACUUAGAGAUAUUUGAUGAGCGGGCUUUUUCCAUGGAUGAUAGAAUUGCUUGGACUCACAUAACUAUCCCAGAACUACUAAAAGAAGGCAAAGUAGUGGAUGAGUGGUACAGCCUUAGUGGAAGGCAAGGUGAUGAUAAAGAAGGAAUGAUCAACCUUGUUAUGUCUUAUGCAACAUUGCCACCAAACAUGUUGGUGCAGCCACAGCCAGUAGUGUUAAUGCCCACUGUGUACCAACAGGGACUAGGAUACGUGCCUAUUACAGGGCUUGAGUAUUUUGCUUUGGGAGUGCCAACAGUGUACACACAAGGAAUGAUUCCAGUUGCAGCACCAACACAGGUAUCUGCUCCUCAAAAUCUGUACAGUGAGGAAGAUCUCAAAUCCAUCCAGGAUAUGUUCCCUAACAUGGACAGAGAAGUAAUCCGGUCAGUGCUGGAAGCACAGAGAGGCAACAAAGAUGCAGCAAUUAAUUCUUUGCUCCAGAUCAAUGAAAUAUCUUAGGAAUGUGUGCAGUCACUGUCCAUAUUGCCAAGGGCCAUAAUAACUGAUGUAUCUCUGCAACAAAGACUUUGAGCUUUCUCUGUCAAUCUUUCUUGUUUACAUAUGCACGUGUCCGAUAAACAGCACAUUGUACAAAGUUUGUAACUGUAUUAAACAUAGUUCUGCAAUCUCUAAGUGCAUAUGCUUAAGUUCAGAAAGGCUGCUAAAUUCAUAUAUUGUGGUUAUAUACUAAUUUGACCCACUGAGCUUAGUUGAACUUCAUGCUUACGUCUUUGAAGUACAUCUGUUGUGGAUCUGAUGGCAUUUAAUGCUGAUUGUCCACCUGUCAAGUGCUUUGAAAACUGUCUUUUCUUAGAGUUUAUUAAAAAUGUGCAUUAAUUGGAAUUUUGCAGCUAGUUUUACUCUGAACUGGAGUUUAAAUUAUGUACAGAAGCAAUAGCUACUUACUUUUUACAAUCUUCCAUGCACAUACACAACCUGAUAUACACGUGCACCCACACCCCCAGUAAUAAGUAGCCUUUACCAACGACACACUCUGGGGAAAAUUACUUAUUUCAGUUAGUCACACUACAUAAAAGUUGCCCUCACUCCCAGAAUUAUGCAACCAGAUCAAGCUCAAGUAAUUAUUAAUACAUUUUAUUCCUGUUCCCUUCUUCCAUUUGAUCUCCAGGCAAUCUUUCAGAUCAUAUUAGAUGACAAAGAUAAAGAUCACUUUAAUUGUACUUUUUAUUUUAAUUACUUGUGCCUCAUGCCCCUUCACUGCUCUCCUACUUCAUCUGCUCUUCUUUCUUACUGUGCUUCUUCCUUUUUAAUGUUACUUUUUAUUAUGGUACAUCACCUUUUUUUAAAAACUUUGGCGGAAAGUGUCGUCUCCCAGCCCAAGCCCAGUGAUCAAUUUGGCUUACAUUGCCCUGAUCUGGUGGUAUGGCCUGGUGGAGUGGUCUCCUAGUGUGGUAGUAUUGUUCAAGAGGGGCAGGUCCCUAGAGUAGCAUUCAUAUCCUGGAAUGGAGGUCUUUUGGCAGCUUCAGGGUACUCCAGCAGCCUUGGACAGAUGUCCUGGCCUUGCUUCGGAAGUGGCUUCGAGGACUUUCUGAAGGCCUAGGGCCGAGGUCUUGUUUUAGUGUAGCGUUGAGGGGCGGUUUCAGCUCCUCAAUUUUCCAGUGUACUCUGAACCUAGAUGUUGUCAUUUGAACUUUUUUUGUUUGCUGUUACUUAUGACUUCUGUCAUUAACUUGGGUGCUGUGGUACGGUGAUGUAUGAAACAUCUCUCUUUUUUUCAUAAAAAUAUACAUGACAAUAAA